UGCGCGCGGCGUCCAAUGGCGCUCGGCGGGCGGGGGCGGGGGGGCGUGUCCGGCGGCGCUGCGAGCGGCUUGUUGUGCGCGCUGCGGAGCCGUUCGAGUCCCGCUGCACCGCCGGGCCGGACCGGAACCAGAUCCAUUAUAAGAUGUCUAAUGGUUAUGAAGAUCACAUGGCUGAAGAUUGCAGAGAUGACAUCGGCAGAACAAAUCUCAUUGUGAACUACCUCCCCCAGAACAUGACGCAGGAUGAGCUACGGAGCCUCUUCAGCAGCAUCGGCGAAGUUGAAUCCGCGAAGCUGAUUCGGGACAAAGUUGCAGGACACAGCUUAGGCUAUGGCUUUGUGAACUACGUUACAGCGAAAGAUGCAGAAAGAGCAAUAAACACACUGAACGGCCUCAGACUGCAGUCAAAAACUAUCAAGGUUUCCUAUGCUCGUCCAAGUUCCGAAGUUAUCAAGGACGCUAACCUGUACAUCAGUGGGCUCCCGAGGUCGAUGACACAGAAGGAUGUAGAAGAUAUGUUCUCACGCUUUGGGCGCAUCAUCAAUUCCCGUGUGCUCGUGGAUCAAACCACAGGUUUAUCCAGAGGGGUCGCAUUUAUCCGGUUUGACAAAAGGUCAGAAGCAGAAGAAGCAAUUACAAAUUUCAAUGGUCACAAACCCCCAGGUUCCUCCGAACCCAUCACGGUGAAGUUUGCAGCCAAUCCCAACCAGAACAAAAACGUGGCCCUGUUGUCGCAGCUGUGUCACUCACCAGCCAGGCGGUUCGGAGGGCCGGUCCACCACCAGGCGCAGAGAUUCAGGUCAGCAGAGAAUCAGGAUCUGCCACCGCCAUGUCCUUGGCAGAGAGCAGCACGUGUACCGCAUUUAAGUGGUUUGCAUAUCACCAGUGGUACACCACAGUUUGGGAACCCCUGGUUCUCUCCUAUGGGUGUAGAUCACAUGAGUGGGCUUUCUGGUGUAAAUGUUCCAGGAAACGCAUCUUCUGGCUGGUGUAUCUUCAUCUACAACCUUGGUCAAGAUGCUGAUGAGGGAAUCCUCUGGCAGAUGUUUGGCCCCUUUGGCGCGGUUACCAACGUGAAGGUGAUCCGCGAUUUCAACACCAACAAGUGCAAGGGAUUUGGCUUUGUCACCAUGACCAACUACGACGAAGCUGCCAUGGCGAUAGCCAGCCUUAAUGGAUACCGCCUUGGGGACAGAGUAUUGCAGGUUUCCUUUAAAACCAACAAGUCCCACAAAUAACUUGCUCGUGCUUUUUGUAUGGAGUAGAUAAUGGAGUGACAGAAGUUGAAACAUUUUUGUUAGUGUAAAACUCAUUUUGCGCCAAUUUUCACAAGUGUUUGUCUUAGUCUAAAUGAGAAGUGGAAAAGGUUUUAUAUUCUGGGAUGCAACUGACAUGUUCAAAUGUUUGAAAUCCCACAAUGUUAGACCAAUCUUAAGUUGCUUUAAGUUAUUUCAUUUAAAAACAUGUUAAAAGAAAAAAAAAAAGAAUAAUAAUAAUAACCAUGAUGAUAACAAUCCCCUGAGAUCUGAAGUAGAUUGCAUUGAAUCAGACCCUCUGGAUGGUGGUAAAAUUGAAGCAUGCUUUCACUUAUGAGACUAACAUCUGUUCCAUUGAAUGUUGUCUGCAAAAAACUGGAAUCUCCUCUAAAAACCCUCAGGCUGAAUUAAUGGAUUUGCUUGUUUCUCAUGUUGUUUUCCUCACCCAUUCUCCCGACUGUCCCCCGACUCGCUACUAUGGAAGAAAAGCUGAGAACUACUAAUGUUGUAGUUGGCAGUAAAUUCGUUUUGCCGAUUAAUACUCAUUGCUACGUGUCGUUGAGGAUGACGCUUUAUAAAGACGAGGUCUUGUAAGUAGUAGCAUGCCAGCAUAACUUUUAACACCAUUGAUGAGGUAAGUUGCACACCGAGCAGCGGCCGUGCUGUCCAAUGGAAAGGUUUUAGCAAUAUUUCCUCUUAGAGCCCAACAUUUUUAAUAGGAAUGGACCAAAGAGUUUCAAAGAAACUCCGGGAAGAUUUCAGAGUCAAAAUGAAACUCCACAAAAGUGUGAAUGUGUCGCUACAUUAUCGAACCGAAUCUCUUCUGUCCGGAUAUUUAAUGCAUGGUGCACUACUUCCUGGUACAUUAUAACGCAGCAAGAUGCUCCUUUUCAAAGAUCACCAUAGCCUGAAUUCCUUUGGUAGUUCUAUUUUGUAAAGGAAAAAAAAAACAAAACCCACUUGUAAACAUUUGAGCAUUGUAUUUCUCGCAUCCCUUCUAAUGAGUGCUAGAUUUUUCUAUUUUACUAGGAUUUUGUUUUGACAACUAGCUUUACUUAUUGAACACUCAGCAGAAAAGUACUUACGACUUGCAAGUUAGAUAUUAACCAAGAAAACCCUUUGAUUUGUAGAUCUCAAGAUUAAUCCCCCGAGUUUUCUGCAGACUGCCUUGAAACUUUGAGUUGUUCUGUUUCUGUUAAUUUUCUUUUGCUUUUUUGUGUUUUUUGUUUGUUUUUACUUUUGCAUUUAAGAACAUUAAAUUUGAUUUUGUUUUGCUCAAA